UCGUUACUGGCAACUAAGCGAAAUGAACAUCCAACCUUCGUCAAAGGAACUCACUGGAUGGACGUUGAAAACACAUGCCGCUACUCCAACAUUCAUCACGGGGACCUGAGACCUAGAUGAAGCCGGAGACACCAACACUGCAGCACCCGUUACAUCGCCACGAGCGCAAAGAAGGCGACGAUAAACCCCCAUUUCCAUCUGAGCCUGUACCGCUUCCGUACGUCCUGUGUCGCCGUUGCAGGACCAUCCCUGAAGCACGCUGCGAAGCUGAUCUUACUGCUUGCAAUAUUCCGACUAACCCUGGACGGUCGCAACCUCGUUUCAUCGGCCUACCGGUCGGGCUGGCACAUGGCUAUGAACGUUCAAUGGGACAACUGGCAAGUCAACCUGACCAAAGUCGGUUGAACACAUCACAAUCUCAGGCUCCUUGCCGAGGAAUGGACUUUCCGAGGGCAAAUUGCGCUCUUCGCAAUCAGCAAUGCGGAAUGGUGAGACUCAAUGCCAACGAACCAGCCGGUGACAAAGCGGUCCACGUACCACGAUGUUUCGCUGGCAUGCUACUUUACCGUUGCCUAGGCCGAAUGGAAACGCAUUCCUGAGUCUCGACGGC